AUGGAAAGCCAGUAUAAUCAGUUACUUUCUCUAUCGAAAACCGUCGGUGCCUUUUACGAGGAUGUUUAUGCCCCGGUUCUGCAGGCGUUGCCGUGGAUCGACGACGGAACUGGCCUGAAGACAGCCAGCGAGAAAGUUCUUAGUAACAUUACCUUUCCAACCUAUGAACUUUCUAACUACAAAAACCAGAAGGCAAGUCAGCAAACAAUCGCCAAAUUGCGCCAACGCUGCGACGAGCUGGAGUCAAUCUAUCAUACAAUGCAAGACAAACUGCGCCCAUUGCUCGAGAAACUGUCUCUAAACGAUCGCAGCUGGGAAAAGUUGAAAGAAAUGGUCCCAAAAUGGAAAAACCUCAACAGUUCGGAUGCGCUUCCCUUAAGCAUGCAUCAGGCUGUCGAAGAGUCAUUCUUUUCCAAGAAUAUGUUGAUGGUGAUGUCUGCUACAAAUUUUACAAGACCAGCUGCGCCUGCAGUUUCACCUGCUGAAUCUGUGCUCGGGAAGCUGAUGGCUGAAAAAAUUAAGUCCAUGCACGCGCAGGGAAAGAGCGAUCAUGAUAUUGCAGUGGAAUUCGGUUCUCAUGGACUUUGGCUGGAAAGAUCUUUCCUGCACGCGAUUCGAUAA